AUGGCCGGCGGAGUGCUUUUCUCGGACGGCACCGGUAGUGUAACACUGGUGGUACCUGACUCUAUAACUGGCUGGGAAGGCUCCAUGUUCUGUGUAUCUGAUAAUGAAGGGUUUGGGAUGAUCCCAGAUCCAGCAAAAUUCACAUCCUUCUUGCCAUUCUUUGUGGAAUUAUCUUUACCGUAUUCCAUUGUCCGAGGAGAGACCCUGGUACUCAGAGCCUUUGUACCAAACUACCUGGAGCAGUGCAUCAAGGUUCGUGUGACCAUGGGAAGCUCCUCUGAUUUUGUUGCUGAGCCCCAGGAUGUGCCCCAGGACGUCUGCAUUUGCCUUGGAGAAAGAGCCUCCUAUACCUGGACUCUGGUUCCUCAAAAAUUAGGUGAGAUCAGUUUAACGCUGAGUGCUGAGACCUCUCACAUUGGAGCAACAUGUGACAGCCCCAGUGACUCUUCCCAGCCAUCCCGCAAGGACACCGUGAUACAGAAACUUCUUGUAGAGCCUGAGGGGGUCAAGAAAGAAGCCACUAGCAGCAACCUGAUCUGUGUACAAGACUCAAACUCCCAGACGCCAAUAACCUUAUCAUCUCCAGAAAAUGCAGUGCCAGAUUCACAAUUGGCUUUUGUCACCGUUGUGCCCGACCCUCUGGGUCUCCCAUUACAGAAUCUUGAGAAGCUCAUCCAGAUGCCGACUGGUUGUGCUGAGCAGAACCUUGCCCGUAUAGCAACCAUUAUAUAUGUGCUGGAAUAUCUCAACGCCACAGGACAGCUGACCCCUGAGAUACUUGAGAAAGGAAAGAGAUUCCUGGCAGAGGGUGAGCAGGACCCAUUAUACCCAGCUAUAGGCUUCUCUAUAGAUCUGUAUAAGUUACCAGCAAACUUCUCAGUCAAUAUUGUUCCUCACACCUGA